AGAAUCUAUUCAUUCAGUCAUCAUAAUAGCAAGCAAGAUGACUUUAAUUCAAACAGUUAUAAUUUUAAUUCCUUUGAUUAGUGCCAGUUUCGGUUGUAAUCCAUCAGUAACGAAAGCAAGUGGAUCAAAAGCUCCAAGACAAAUAUGCUCUGGUCAGUUGCUUUUUGAGGAUAAUUUUGACUCAUUAGACAAGUCAAAAUGGAAGUUUGAGAACACAAUGGCUGGUGGAGGCAACUGGGAAUUCCAAUGGUAUCCAGGUCAUGAUAGUAAGAAUGCUUAUACAAAAAAUGGAAAUUUACACAUUGCACCGACAACAACAGCAAGUAUUUUUGGUGAAAAUUAUUUGACAUCUGCUCGAGUUGUUAUCCCAGCAGAUCAGUGUACGUGGAGUGCUGAUUAUGGUUGUGAUAGAACUGGAAGUCGAGAUCAUAUUAUUAAUCCAAUAAGAAGUGCAAAAAUGGACACAAGAGAUUCAUUUUCUUUUAAAUACGGUACAAUGGAAAUACGUGCGAAGUUGCCUGCAGGAGACUGGUUGUGGCCAGCUUUAUGGAUGCUUCCAAAGAAAAAUACUUAUGGUGGCUGGCCAAGAUCAGGGGAAAUUGAUUUAAUGGAAUCACGUGGAAAUCGUGAUCUUCGUGCUUGGAAUAAUCAAAUAGGAAAUGAACAAGUCAGUUCAACUCUUCAUUUUGGACCAAGUCCUAGUCACAACGGUUUUUCAACAGCUCAUUUUGAAAAGAAUAGAAAACCUGGAUACAAUGAUGGAUUUCAUCUAUUCAAGCUGGUUUGGAGACCAAAUAAAUUGGAAUUUUAUGUUGACAAUUCACAUAUUGGUACUGUUGAUGCUGGAAAUGGCUUUUGGGAUCGAGCACAGUUAUGGAAUUCAGGAAUGCCAAACCCAUGGGCAAAUAGAAGCAAAAUGGCACCAUUCGAUCAAGAGUUUUACAUCAUCAUGAAUCUUGCUGUUGGAGGAACUGGUGGAUACUUCCCAGAUAGUGGUGUAAAUCAACCUCAUCCAAAACCAUGGAAAGACACAAGCUCGAGAGCAGCAGCAGAAUUUUGGGAGAAAAAGAAUGACUGGUUGCCUGGUUGGAAUUUAGGAGCUAACGAUGAUUCUCAUUUACAGGUUGAUUAUGUUAAAGUUUGGGCGCUGUAAAAAUUCAUCUCCAUAUUAUGGAAUUGUAUUGGUCCCAAUCAAGGCGUGGAAACUACCCCAAAUAUCAUAUUUAUCCCACAUAUCCCAAAAAUAAUCAAAAAAUUCCUGAGCAUGUUUGCGCGAUAAUAAAGAUAUCCCAACGUAUCCUUAGUGUAUUCGAAGUGUAAUUUCAGGAUAUGAUGGGAUAUCUCAAUUCUAAUGCAUACAGGCUCAGGGAUUAUUCUGAAUAUUUUUGGGAUAUAUGGGAUAUUUGGGAUAUUUGGGAUAGUUUCCACGCCUUGGUCCCAAUUUAUAGAAAUAAUUUGAAUAAAACAAAAUAAUUUUUUGAAUGCAG